AGACAAGGGCAACUUAAUGACAUCAGUAAUGUUGUCCCAACCCCGGGUAAAGCUGAUGGUGCCCAGAUAUCAUUCACUGAUAUACUGAAAGCUCAUGUUGAAGAAUUUGUCAAACUACACGAUGAAGUGGAUUGGAGUAAAGAGAAAAUUCAAAUAAAACUCUCUGGUGAUGGGGCAAGAAUGACAAGAAAUUCAAGUUUUAUUUUGCUUUCAUUCUCUCUACUUCAAAGCCAAGAUGAUGUGAUGUCUGCCAGUGGAAACCACACAUUUGCUAUUAAGGGGUCAGAAAGCUACAAAACACUGAAAGACUCAUUUGGAUUGUUUUUCAGGAGAUCAACAACCUAA